UUCUUAGCUCUUUCCUGUUGAACCACCAGCGGAAGACCAGCCCGAGUGAACCAGAUUGAUUCGCGAAGACUAUCGAGAAAUCGAGUACUAUGGACUCCAUGAAGAUGGGAACUCCAUGGCUGGACAAGCCCUUGUCCGAGACCUACCGAGACUUCACCUGUCAGUUCAACGACACAGCUUUGUGCGAGUAUGAGUCUGGAUACUGGAGAUUCUGGUACGAAGCCGACCAUCGUUAUGCUCUCCCAACAAUCGCUUUCUUCCUCGCCACGAUUCUCGUCUUCGCGAUAGCAAGCAUCUUCAACCAAUUCGCUUCAACCUCCAUACACCACAAUGCAUACAUCAGGCAAGCAACAGCCUACUCUCGCUUCCUCAGCUACAAGACCUUCCGAAUCUCAUCCCUCAACUGGAACUCAGCACCAAUCGGCAUCCUCGCCCUAGGCGCGAUCGGAGCGAUUUAUUUCUUCUGCAUGACACUCGCCCCAAGACCAUACUACUGGCCCAACACAGAAACGAUCAAUUUUGGUAGCUCACCGCCAAUCGCCACAAGAUCGGGCUGGCUAUCGUUAGCAUGUAUGCCAUUCGUAUUCGCAACAGCAGGCAAGAGUAAUUUCGUCACUGCUGUGACGGGAGUCAGUCAUGAGAAGCUACAAGUGUUCCAUCGAUGGAUCUCCUAUGCGUUCUUGGUGACUGCGUUGAUACAUACUUUCCCUUUUAUUGUUUAUAAUAUCAAGACUGGGACAAUGAAGGAGAGCUGGGAUACUUUGGUAUUCUACUGGACUGGAGUCGUGGCGCUUAUUGCUCAGGCAUGGUUGACUUUUGCGUCUUUUGGACCUUUGAGAACGUUGUGCUACGAAUGGUUCAAGUUCUCGCAUUUUGUCGCAGCUUUGGUCUUCGUGCUUUUCCUGUUCUUCCACUGCGAUCAUACGCUUUCGUCAUGGGACUACUUCAUCGCAACCGGCGUCCUCUUUUCAUUAUCAUGGCUUCAUCGCCAAAUCCGAAUCUACUUCCAACACGGCAUCAGCCAUCGUGCAUCCGUCAGCAUCGCAUCGAACGGCUUCAUCUGUGCACGAAUCCCCACGCAAGCAUCUUGGACCGUCGGACAACAUUUCUUCAUACGAUUCAUGUCUCUGGGACUACAUGCCUGCACGAUCCAUCCUUUCACCGCAUGCUCGCUUCCAACAAGAACAAGCUACCUCGCAAAAACGGAUUCCGAGCUCGUCUUGUACAUCCGACCACGAGGCGGCUUCACAAGCAGACUUGCCCGGCACGCAGAAGCUCAUCCCAACAGUCCCAUCAGAGUCCUCCUGGACGGACCAUACGGAGGUGUCGAUAUGCAGAGACUCGUCACAGGCCAGCGUCAAUUGAUCGUAGCGGGAGGCUCAGGUGCUGGUUGGCUCUUGCCGAUGAUCAGUGCUUUCCUUAGAAGACAAGAACUUUCUGGCCCAGAUGUCGUGCCCUCAAGUGCCAAAGUUGUGCUUGCGACACGAGAUCUCGCUACAUGCUCGUGGUUUGAAGAGACUGUUCGAGAACUUCUGGCCUCGGAGGAAGGAAAGUUACCAGCAAAUCUUGAAGUCGAGGUGUACUAUACCGGUUCCGAAGCGGCGGUAGAAACUGGUCAGCUCCUGCACAGCACUGAGAAGCCAGAGAAAGCUGAAAACGUCCAGCGAACCCUCGAGCGGGGAGAUUCUGGGUCUGAUUCCUCUGAUUCUCGACCGAUGGAUAUUUCAGGUAUCAAGCACUUUCAAGCGAGACCUGACCUGCGAGCCAUGAUUCGGGCAGAAGCGACCUCGUCAAGUCUAACGGAUGAGCUUGGCGUCUUCGUUUGCGGUCCUUUGAGUAUGCAGAGUGAUGUCUCGAAUGCGGUUGCGCAGGAGCAGUUGCCGGUUAUGAAGAAUGGGGCCAAGAGUAUUUAUCUUCACAUGGAGCACUUUUCUUGGGCUUGAUCGCUUCGUAGAGUGGAGUAAGAACUACGAACUUUAUGGGUCCGUGUUUUCCAGUACGCUGAUGCCAAGUAUGACGAUGGUAUGGUAUUGCUGCUGCGAUCCUAAACGUUGAGUAGCUUCGUCUAGAGUCGUUGCUAGAGGGUGUGGUACGCAUUCGAGGAGAGCUUCCGUGGACAUGCUGCUGAAGGCCGAAUUUGAGUUCGUGCCAGUAUUGGUGCGAGAGCGAAUCCUAUCGUGCUGCUAUCAAGCGUCUCGCCGAAAG